AUGGCUGACACCAAGGAGACCACCGAGCACAUCCACCAGACCAACUCAGAGAAUGGCGACCUGAAGGGCGCUAUUGCUGAAGUCAAGGUCAUCUCUGGUUCCGAAGCACUCGCAGAGGCCAAGCACAAGGAGCCCGUCGCACUCUUCACCCGUCAUGCCCUGGUGCUCUAUGUCUGUGCCAUCGUCGGCUUCUUCUGCUCUACUUGCAACGGGUUCGAUGGAUCCAUGUUCAAUUCUCUUCUCACGAACAACACCUUCAAGACCUACUACAAGGUGGACAGCACCGGUGCCUGGGCCGGUAUUGUCACCUCCAUGUACCAGAUUGGUGGUGUCGCCGCUCUUCCCUUUAUCGGUCCUGCCUGCGAUACCUGGGGCCGCAGGUACGGAAUGAUGAUCGGUGGUGCUAUUGCCAGCGCGGGUGUUAUCAUUCAGGCUACCACAAAGCCUGGCGAUAGCGCUGUUGGCCAGUUCAUGGGCGGUCGUUUGUUGCUCGGUUUCGGUGUGCCCAUCCUCACCACUGCUGGGCCUCUGCACGUUAUCGAGACAGCACACCCUGCUCACCGCGGUAUCAUCACUGGUCUCUACAACACUUUCUGGUUUGUCGGCUCUCUUCUUGCUGCUGGUGUCACUCGUGGCUCCGUCGAUCUUCCAGGCAACAUGAGCUGGACCGUACCCGUCUGGAUGCAGAUUCUCUUCCCCGCUUUGAUUCUCCUCCUGGCUUGGUUCCUCCCCGAAUCUCCUCGCUGGCUCUACACUCGCGGCAGGCACUCUGAGGCCAAGAAGGUCCUUGCCAAGUACCACGGACUUGGCAAGGAAGAGAGUGUCUGGGUCACCAUGCAGAUCAACGAGUACGAGGAAUACCUCAACAUGGACGGUGCCGACAAGCGCUGGUGGGAUUACAGCGCGCUGUUCAAGCACCGUGCUUCUCGCUACCGUCUUGCUUGUAACUGUACCGUGGCUAUCUUCGGUCAGUGGGCAGGUAACGGUGCAGUCGACUACUUCCUCGAUGGUGUCCUGGAAUCGGCCGGUAUCACUGAGCAGCUGAAGAAGAUGAACAUCAACCUGGGCAAGUCUUGCAUGCAAUUGACCUUCGCUGUCAUCGGUGCCUUUUUCGUUGACAAGCUCGGUCGCCGCCCUAUGCUCAUUGGUACAUUCUCCACCGUCAGCUUCAUUUGGAUCGCCGCCAUUGCCUCCGUCGCCGUCCAGACAAAGACCGGCGCCGACUCUGCUAGUAACGCAUUCAUCGCCUUCAUCUUCCUCUUCAACGCCGUCUUCGCCUUCGGUAUCACACCUCUCCAGGCUCUGUACCCCGUCGAGGUCUUGUCUUUCGAGAUGCGUGCCAAGGGCAUGGCUUUCUCAAACUUGUCCCUCACAACGGCUAUGUUGAUCAACCAGUUCGCGUACCCGAUCGCUUUGAAGAAUAUCCAGUGGAAGCUCUACAUCGUCUUCGUCAUCUGGUGCCCGAUUCAGGCUUUCGUUGUUUGGAUGUUCAUUCCCGAGACCAAGAACCGCACACUCGAGGAAAUCGACGAUAUCUUCAACAGCCCCAACCCCCGCAAGGCUUCGCUCAUCAAGAAGAAGGUUGCCACCGAUGCCAGCGGCAACAUCCUCGAGGUCGAGAAGAUCUAA